AUGUACAAACCCUUCGGAGAAGACCAGAUGCUGACUGGCGUUGAAGAAGUUAGUGCGAUGCAGAAAGCUCCAGUGGGAACUCCGGAGGGUGGCAACUUGCUUGUUGUUAUAAUCCAUAAAGGCGAAGAUCUCGAAGGAAAACAUCAUACACAUCCUUCCGUUUGUGUGCUUUUCCAUGGAGAAGAAAAAAGAACUAAGGAAUCUUUAGGUUAUGUUCAAAAUUGUCACUGGAGGAAGAGGUUUGAGGGGAAUACUUUUGAUGGUUCAAUACCACGUUCAUUUUCUAAUCUCAACCUUUUACAGGAGUUAUGUGGGCACUGUAAAAAGGUUGCUCCUGAAUAUGAAAAACUCGGUGCAAGCUUCAAAAAAUCAAAAUAUGUUUUGAUCGGAAAGAUGGAUUGUGAUGCAUAUAAGGGAGUUUGCAGCAAAUUAGGUGUCUCUGGUUACCCCACUAUCCAGUGGUUUCCUAAACGAUCUUUGGAACCCAAAAAGUAA